AUGCCGGUAAAACAAAAUUUUAACACCGCACCUCUCACAGUUGAAAAGUGGGAAUGCGGACCAAAAAAACUAAACUACUUAUAUUCCGAGGAAGAACUUUCCUCACCCAGAGAGCGGGCGAACAGCCAACACCUUAAACGUAAUGUAAAUGUGGAAACAGGAUCCACAACAAACGGACAGCGCAGCCACGCUGUAAUUCAGAAAUACGCUGAUGUCGUCAUAAACGGCGUAUUUCAAGGUCACGGUGAUCGUGACUUUUAUAUAAAAAACAAAAACGACAAGGAACAAGACGGAAUGCCGUUAAAACAAGUCUUUAACACCGCACCUCUCACAGUUGAAAAGUUGGGAAGCGGACCUAAAAAGUCUAAUUAUUUAUUUUCCGAGGAAGAAUAUUCCUCACCCAGAAAACGGGCCAGAAGCCAACAAGAUAACGAUAACUUAAACGUGGAAACAAAAUCCACAACAAACGGACAGCGCAGCCACGCUGUAAUUCCGAAAUACGCUGAUGUCGUCAGAAACGGCGUAUUUCGAGGUCACGGUGAUCGUGACUUUUAUUUAAAAAACAAAAACGAUAAAGAACACGGCGGAAUGCCGGUAAAAAAAGUUUUUAACACCGCACCUCCCACGGUUGAAAAGUUGGGAAGCGUGCCAAAAAAAUUUAAUUAUUUAUAUUCCGAGGAAGAACUUUCCUCACCCAGAGAGCGGGCUGACAGCCAACACCUUAAACGUAAUGUUAAUGUGGAAACAGGAUCCACAACAAACGGACAGCGCAGCCACGCUGUAAUUCCGAAAUACGCUGAUGUCGUCAGAAACGGCGUAUUUCGAGGUCACGGUGAUCGUGACUUUUAUUUAAAAAAGAAAAACGAUAAGGAACACGGCGGAAUGCCGGUAAAAAAAGUUUUUAACACCGCACCUCCCACAGUUGAAAAGUUGGGAAGCGGACCAAAAAAUGCUAAUUAUUUAUUUUCCGAGGAAGAACUUUCCUCACCCAGAGAGCGGGCUGACAGCCAACACCUUAAACGUAAUGUAAAUGUGGAAACAGGAUCCACAACAAACGGACAGCGCAGCCACGCUGUAAUCCCGAAAUACGCUGAUGUCGUCAGAAACGGCGUACUUCGAGGUCACGGAGAUCGUGACUUUUAUUUAAAAAAGAAAAACGAUAAGGAACACGGCGGAAUGCCGGUAAAAAAAAGUUUUUAA